CAACGGGAGACAAAACCUCGCUUUUCUUCUGUGCCCAUCUGUCUAGCUCCGUAUCCCUGUGCUUGCAGCUAGAGCUUGGGAGGUUGUCUCACCACCGCCGUUGGACUCGCCGCCAGAGCUUGCUGUCGCCAUCGUCGUAUGCUUCAGUCCCAUCAGGUUUCGCUGUCGUCUCCUUUCUGUGAACUAACCGCUCAAACACUCCAACAAUGGCGAACUCGAUAGCUGCACAAUUAGAAGUUAUCAAAUCCUUCGUACAUGUCGAUUCUCAGCCUUUGAAGAGGCCGUUUACCAGGCCUUCUCUUUUGUUUGAUCCCAAGGAAGCGGCAGAUAUUGAUAUUGAAACCAUAUGGAGUAUUGGGAUUCAAGGUUUAGAGGUUCUCAUAAGCUCUGAUGAGCGGUUUCAAAAAUUCAAGGAUGAAUUGUUUAGCCACAGAAGUAAAGAGUUGGAUAGAGAGUUGAUGGGUAUGGAAGAAAACAAUCAAAUUAAUGUCUCAAUUAGUUCGUACUUGAGGGUACUUUCGGGAUUUUUUCUUCUACCCUCUGCUCUUAAAACCCUUGAGUAUCUGAUACGUAGAUACAAAGUUCAUGUAUAUAAUACUGAGGACAUAAUUUUAUGUGCUUUGCCUUACCAUGACACACAUGCAUUUGUUCGAAUAUUACAGAUACUCGAUACAAGGAAUACUAAGUGGGCGUUUCUUGAUGGGGUAAAAGUCUCUGGUGCUCCUCCACCUAGAAGUGUUAUAGUGCAGCAGUGUAUCUGUGAUAAGGGUAUUUUAGAUGUUUUGUGCGACUAUGCAUCUCCAAGAAAGAAGUUUCAACCUUCAAAACAUGUGAUCAGUUUUUGUACUGCUGUUUUCUUUGAAGUUCUGGGUACUUCUUUGACAGUUAAUGAUGAUAUUAUUAAGAGGAUCCUUCCUUUUGUUGUCUCUGGCCUUCAUCCUGGCGUUAAGGGAGCUUUAGAUCACAGGGCUGCUUCUUUUAUGAUCAUUGGAUUGCUAGUAAAAAAAGCUGCAUUGGCUCCUAAGCUUCUAAAUAGCUUGAUGCGUUCAGUUGCUGAGGUUGCUUGUGAGGCGGCAAAAGGAUCGACUGAACUCCAGUGGUUUCGUUUAUCCCUUAUUGUUUUGAUCAACCUUGUUCAGUCACAAAAGAUCGAUAUUCUUCCAAAGAAGGCCACAGAAGUUUUGAAAGAGAUAAGAAACUUGGCUGGGACGUUAUUAGAAUUGUCUAAAGAGUUCAAUGUUGAUAAUUUCCUUCUGGUGCUUUUGGAUUCCUUAAUUGACUUAAGUUGGUCUGAUGAUUGUUCCCAGCAGGCUUUGAUAUCUAUACUAGAAAAAGUGCCAAUACAGAAUUAUGUUCAUCACGUGGUUACUAAGAUCCUAUCAAGUUGUGUGAAGUUAACGCAAAAAGUUAGCAAUUUAAAAUUUUCCAUGCCAGGAGGAUGGGUGAAGAAGAUUUUGAUUGUUUUCAAUAAAAGGUAUCCAUCCGAGCUACGCAGAGCAGUUAAUCAAUUCCUUCAGGAUAACAAAGUUCGUUCUAAGAAAGAUGGAUCAGUGUACAAGAUUUUAUGUAAGAUACUAGAUGGGAAUCUAGAUUCAUCACUCAAUAUGUCAGAUUCCAAAAUUUGGCUGGCCUUGCAUCAUCCUAAGGCUGACGUUCGAUGUGCUAUGUUGGCUGAUUUAAAUUCAUCUGGCAUUCUAAAAUCUAAGGAAGUUGUUUCAGAGAGUCUUGUAGACAUUCAAGAGGCCUUAUUGAGACAACUCAAUGAUAAAGACCUGACAGUUGUUCGAGCAGCUUUAUCUGUUAAUGGACUGCCAGAUGUAAUAGGUUCUCCUGAGCUUUUUGAUGCACUUCAGAAAGUGCUAAGAAGAUGCAUUGACAAGCUGCUAUUGGGUUCAGCUGAAAAUGUUAGUUUAACCAGUGAUGUUGCUAUCAGUUGCCUCAAAAUUGCCAUCUCAUACUGUCAUGGUCAUACUGAUCAUAUGAAAAGAACAGCUGCCAUGAUAUUUCCAUUGCUUCUUGCUCUGCCUCAGACCCAAAGCUUGAAUUUGAAGGCUAUGAGACUGGUUAAUGAAAUAAACUGGCCCCUUUAUCAGACUCUUGCUGUUGCACCUGAUGGAGAAUUGACUGUUUCUGGAAGUUUAUCUUCGAUUAACCUGAAGACCAUCAACAUCAUGGCUGAGAAUUUCAGGAUCUACCCUGAAGACCAUAUUACUUGGUUUGUUGAAAACUGCAGUGAUUUGGAAUUGUCGAAGACGCUCUUCUUUUUGAUGUUAUUUCAGGCUCUAGUGUUAAAACCAAGCAGUGAUGACUUUCCUGCAAUUUUUGAAAAUGUAUUUCCUAUGUUAAAGGCUGAGUGGGAAUCAUUAGUGUCUGCAGGCGAUUUUAUGUUGGAAGAGUUCAAUUCUGAAAUUCUGGACUGGGACUGCAGUUCAAUUCUAAAGUUCUUGGAUACUGAUCUCAAAUCUCUGAAUGCAAAACUUAUUGUUUGCAUAUUUUGGAAGUUGGUUGCUGCACUGAUGUUAGCAAUGCCGUCUGACAUUUUACGGGAUGAUAACGAUAAGUGGGUCAGCUGGACUAAGGAUCUGUUUGUAUGUUUUGCUGCCUCAAAAUUCAAGCAUGCUUUUCAUGAACAUCUCCGUUACUUGGUGGCUCAAUGCAAGAUAUCACCUCCCUGCCUCUUAUCCAAGUUUUUCACGGAGGAAGGUGUUCCUGUUGAAGUCCAAGUUGAAAGCCUUCGGUGCUUUGCAUUUCUUUGUAGCCUGUCACUAGAAAGAUGUCAAUUUGAACUUCUAGCUGAGUUUCCUUCAGUUCUGGUUCCAUUGGCUAGUGAUAACCAGGAUACAAGGAUUGCGGCCAUGAACUGCAUUGAUGGGCUAUGUGUAUUAUGGUCUCAUCUUGAACGUUCUGGAAGGAGAAAUGGGAGCAAUGCAACAUGGAGCCAUUUUCUGGGUGAACUUUUGGGGUUGAUAGAUCAGCAAAAAACACUAAUAUUGUCUGAUGAGAGAUUUCUUCCUUCAAUGUUUGCAUCUAUGCUGGGCUCAACCUGUCACAACAUCUUGGUACCCCAAAAUAUUGAGAACAGAUUUGAUCAGCCUACAAGGGAAAAAAUUCUUGGCUUCAUUUUGGGUUCUGCUUUGAAACUUUCAAACUAUGGCAAGCUGAAGAUUUUAUCCUUGCUCAAGGGAAUUGGAAAGGGCAUUGUGUGUGUUAAAGAAGUUGUGUCUCUGUUGUCCUUGCUCUUGCAUAGGCGGAAUCAGUGCUUUAAUGUGCUAGAUGAGUUCUCUCAGAAAUUGUCAAGCAUUGAAAUUGAAAUGCUAUGCCUAUUACUUGAAAGUUGUGUUAUGUCCUCUUCCUCGGGGGGAAAUGAUUUUGAAGGUCAUUUAUUGACAGCUUUGCGGUUGGAUUCUACUAGUUCUGGUCACCCUGCCUAUGUACAGCCCUGUUUAACCAUUCUAAGGAAACUAAGUCGUCAAUUCUAUGGGGGAUUGAAGAAUGAAGUAAAGGAGCAUUUGUUUCAUGAGCUUCUGUUUCUGUGCUGUAAUGCUAAUGGUGAAGUACAAAGUUCUGCCAGAGAGGCCAUAUUGCGCAUAGAUAUUAGUUUCUCAACAUUUGGCGACAUGCUUGAUAUCAUACUUGAAAGGGGAAGUUGCAUAAAUAUCUCAGAAUCCAAGAAGAAAAAGAAACUAAGUGUGCAUGCAGGGGAUAACAUAUUUAGAAGGGAGAAAUCUUUCUAUAUCCUUAGUUCUCUUCUUGAUGUUUUAUUAUUGAAGAAAGACAUAACGAAGAGGCAUAUGCUCAUAAGCCCCUUAUUUAAGCUUCUUAGUAGGAUUCUUUCUGAGGAGUGGUUGAAUGAUGCUCUUUUCCAGGAGAAGGGCUUGACCCAGCCUUCAUUAAGUGAGGCCAACCGUAAUGCCAUAUGUCAUGUUCAACAGACUUUGUUGAUAAUCCUUGAGGAUAUAAUCACAUCCCUUGGUAGCACUGCUCCGUUGAAGGAAAAUAUAACAAAUGAAAUUAACUUCAAUGUCCUGAUAGUGUGCGCCCAUUCUUCAAAGGAUGUAGUCACCCGUAACCAUGUAUUUUCUCUGCUUUCUGCUGUUGCGAAAGCUUUUCCUGAAGAAGUUUUUGGGCAUAUACUUGAUAUUGUUGCUGUUGUUGGAGAAUCAACUAUCACACAGAUUGACGGUCAUUCAAAGCAUGUUUUUGAGGAUCUUAUAUCUGCCAUUGUUCCUUGUUGGCUGUCUAAGACUGACGAUGUUAAAGCAUUACUGAAGAUUUUCAUGGAUACGUUGCCCGAAGUUGUUGAGCAUAGAAGAUUGUCAACUGUAUUAUACUUGUUAAGAACUUUGGGUGAGGAUAAAAGCUUUGCUUCAUUGCUUGUCCUGCUUUUCCAUUCAUUAGUUUCAAGGGAACAAACUACUUUGCUUAAUAUCAAGGCUCUGGAUGCAUUGACAUUUUAUACAAGAGAGUGGGAGUAUAAACUUGCGGUGCAGAUAUGUGAACAAUACACAAGUCCGACGUGGGUUCCUGCUUUAGUUAUGCUGCUUCAACAAUUGGGAAAUGAACCUCUAGAGUUGUUUCUUGCAAUGCAGUUUACUUUGCACAAAUUGCAAGAUCCAGAAUUUUUAUUCAAAAUGGAAUCAGGGGAGGAUGCAGAUAUCAUUCAGAAGGGACUUGGAGAGCUUAUGGAGCAGAUUGUUUUUCUCUUGCAACAUGUACUUUCAAAAAAGAAACAACUGAAGUUUCCUGUUCUUCUGAGAAAAGAGUUGAAAGAAGCUUUGCGUGCUGCUGGGAGAAAUAUAACCUUGGCCAUGAGACCAUCAGCGUACUUUAGCAGCAUAAUUAAGUUGCUUCGUCAUGAAGAUAAGGAUGUUGCUGAAAUGGCUCUUGGGCUUUUGUGUGAGACUGCAAGAAAUCAUAAAGUUGUUAGUUCAAAGAGUAAAGAAAAUAAAACUCGAUGUUCCAAUCCAUCUUUUCCUUGGCUUAAUAUGAACGAGAGUGAUCAAAAGUCAUUUGAUAAGAUGUGCUUGGAAAUUGUUCGGGUACUUGAUGAUCCAGCUGAGGGUUCAAGUACAUCGAUGAAAGUGGCAGCAGUGUCUGCAUUAGAAGUUUUGGCCAACAGCUUUCCUUCUAAUAAUUUAAUCUUCGUUCUGUGCCUUAGAUCCAUUGCAAGAUGCAUCAGUUGGUGCAACUUGGUUGUGGCCUCUAGUUGCCUUAGAACAACUGCUGCCUUGGUCAAUGUUGUAGGUCCAAAGGCUCUAGCAGAGCUUCCUCACUUAAUGGAAAAUAUGAUGAGGGUUUCUUCUGAACUGUUCUCUAAUUCAGAUACAAAACCCCAAAGUAUGGAGCCUGUUUCCCCAGUCUCUAAAGACUUGUAUUUGUUGUCUGUUCUCAUCACUCUGGAGGUAGUUGUGGACAAGCUUGGUGGAUUUCUAAACCCUUAUCUAUCAAGUAUAAUAGAUCUUCUGGUACUUCAUCCUGAAUAUGUUUCUGGAAGGGACACAAAGUUGCAAUCUAGAGCUAGUGGACUUCGCAAGCUCCUUGCGGAGAGAAUCCCUGUUCGACUUGCCCUGCCACCGUUAUUAAACGUUUACCCUGCUUCUCUUAAUGCUGGGGAUAAAAGCUUAGAAAUUAUGUUUGACAUGUUGGCAACCUUGGUUGGUACCAUGGACAGGCCAUCUAUUGUUGCUUUCCAUGGAAAGAUUUUUGACCUUUGCCUGCUUGCCCUUGAUAUUCGUCAUCAGAGUCCUGUUUCUGUCCAUAAUGUUGAUGCAGUAGAAAGAAGUGUGAUCAAUGCAAUGAUUGCUCUGACUAUGAAACUCACCGAGAGCAUGUUUAAACCUCUAUUCAUAAAGAGUAUUGAGUGGGCAGAAUCUGAUGUGGGUGAAGCUGCAUCUGUGGGUAGUACUGAUAGGGCGAUAUCCUUCUAUGGCAUGGUAAAUAAACUUGCAGAGAGCCAUCGGUCGUUGUUUGUUCCUUAUUUCAAACACUUGCUUGGUAGCUGUGUUCACCAUCUUGGCAAUGCCGGAGAUGUAAAACUUCUGAGUCGAAAGAACAAGAAGGCCAAGACUCAGGAUGAUGACAGCACAAAGGGAAGCAUUGUUUCUAUCAAAAGCUGGCAUCUUAGGAAGCUAGUCUUGUCGUGUUUACACAAAUGUUUUCUCUAUGAUACUGGAUCCACCAAGUUUCUUGACUCUUCAAACUUUCAGAUGCUAUUGAAACCCAUUGUUUCACAACUAGUCAUAGAACCACCCGCUUCGUUGGACGACACCCCGAGUGUGCAGGAAGUUGAUGACCUACUGGUUGUAUGCAUUGGACAAAUGGCCGUCACCGCUGGAAAUGACCUCUUGUGGAAACCCUUGAAUCAUGAGGUAUUGAUGCAGACACGGAGUGAGAAACUGCGAGCAAGAAUGUUGGGCCUGAGAAUAGUUAAAUAUCUAGUGGAGAAUCUGAAAGAAGAGUAUCUUGUUUUCUUGGCUGAAACAAUCCCCUUCCUUGGAGAAUUGCUCGAGGAUGUUGAGCCUUGUGUUAAAUCUCUUGCCCAGGAAAUUCUCAAGGAAAUGGAGUCCAUGAGUGGGGAAAGUCUUAGGCAAUACUUAUAAUGAUGUAAAUUAAGGUAGUUAAUACGAUGAUACUGAGAAAAUUUUGAGGAAGUUAGAGACGUCUCAUUAAAUUUGUGAUUUAGGUGAUUAUAUUAAUAGAAAUGUUCUUUUUUGUCAAUGAAAGCUUUUAUAUUUCCCUCCUUGGUA